AUGACAUUCCCCGACACACAAUCAGGCGCGGACACCUACACCCCACAAACUCACGCGCAGCCCUCACUCGCGGACCUGCUCACCAUCGAGCCGGCUGCAUCGAUCUUUUACUCAUAUGCGCGCGAGACGGAGCUGAGCGCAUUGUUUGCGGAUGAGAGCGCGAGGCUGACGUUGCUCGUGCCGACAAACAAGGCAGUGAUGGCGCUCGCAAGGAAGCCACACCAAGGUCCCGCCCCGGUGAAGGAAGGUGUGAUCCUGCCCGAGGCAGAGUUCGAUGCUUUGUCGAAGCGGAACGUCGAGCGUUGGGUGUCGGCCCACAUCAUUCCCGAAUCGCCCAUUUUACUUACCCCGCCACACACAUAUGACACUAUGCUGCCCGGGACGAACGUCUCAUUCUCUGCGGCCGAUCCGGACAAGGGCAAUCAAGAUGCCCCGGAAUGGACCCGGGUGCGCCUGAACGGCGACAUCCGGUUGAUUGGGAUGAGGGAGGCGCAAAACGGCAUUUUAUAUAUGAUCGACGGGACGGUGAAGUUCGAAUGA